CUUAAAAACUCUUGACUCCCACUAAAUUUAGUACACCUAGUACAACAAUACAUCCUGCUCUCUCACAAACCACCAACUACAUCUCAUAUUUAUUGCUCAUUGUUUCAAUUUCCUUGGAUUCACAACCAAUCCAUCUUUGCCAAAUCAAUCACAAAAACAAGGUUUUUUUUUAUUUUAAUCAACUUUACAUCACCAAUUUCUGCUCGAAGAACCCAUUAAAUCAUAAGCAUCAAAUCAAAAACUUGUACAAAAUUAAAAGAUGCAUUCAGGUCCAUUGUUACUCGAAGAACCCAUUAGGAUGGCUUCAAUCCUUGAACCUUCCAAGCCUAGUUUCUUUCCUGCAAUGACUAAAAUUGUUGGGACUCUUGGACCCAAUUCGCGUUCCUUGGAAAUCAUUUCCGCUUGCCUUAAUGCUGGAAUGUCAGUGGCACGGUUUGAUUUUUCAUGGGGAAAUGCUGAAUUUCACCAAGAAACUUUGGACACUUUGAAGAUGGCAAUUAAGCAUACUAAGAAGCUUUGUGCUGUCAUGCUGGAUACUGUUGGCCCUGAGUUGCAAGUCGUCAAUAAGACAGAGCGUCCAAUUUCUCUUGAAGCAGACUCAUUUGUUGUUCUAACACCUGAUCAGACUAAAGAGGCCAACUCAAAUCUGUUACCCAUCAACUUUCAUGGACUAUCCAAGGCCGUGAUGUCUGGUGAUACAAUUUUUAUAGGACAGUAUCUAUUCACUGGAAGUGAGACUACUUCUGUUUGGCUUGAGGUGUCUGAAUCGAAAGGAGAAGAUGUGGUCUGCCUCAUCAAGAAUUCAGCUACAUUGUCUGGGCCUCUAUACACUUUGCAUGUCUCCCAAAUUCAUAUAGAUCGACCAACCCUGACAGAAAAGGAUAAAGAGGUGAUAAAAACAUGGGGUGCUCGGAAUAAUAUUGAUUUCCUCACUUUGUCAUAUACCCGCCAUGCUGAAGAUAUCCGUGAGGCUCGGGAGUUCCUUUCUAAUCAUUGUGAUCUACAGCAGACUCAAAUUUUUGCAAAGAUUGAAAAUAUUGAAGGAUUGACCCAUUUUGAUGAGAUUCUACAAGAAGCUGAUGGCAUUAUCCUCUCUCGUGGAAAUUUGGGAAUUGAUCUCCCGCCGGAGAAGGUCUUUCUAUUCCAAAAGGCUGCUCUGCACAAGUGCAACAUGGCUGGUAAGCCAGCAGUGGUUACUCGUGUGGUGGAUAGCAUGACUGAUAACCUUAGACCCACACGAGCUGAGGCAACUGAUGUUGCAAAUGCUGUAUUAGAUGGGAGUGAUGCAAUUAUUCUAGGUGCAGAGACCUUGCGUGGCUUGUAUCCAGUUGAGACCAUCUCUACUGUUGGUAGAAUAUGUUUUGAGGCAGAGAAGGUGUUCAAUCAUGAUACAUAUUUCAAGAAAGCUGGAAAAUAUGCUGGAAUGCCUAUGUCACACAUAGAAUCCAUUGCUUCCUCUGCGGUACGGGCAGCCAUCAAAGUGAAAGCAUCUGCCAUAAUUUGUUUUACAUCAUCUGGGAGAGCUGCAAGGUUGCUUGCAAAAUACCGUCCAACAAUGCCAGUUAUAUCUGUUAUCAUUCCUCAGCUCAAAACCAAUCAACUCCGGUGGACUUUCUCUGGUGCCUAUGAGGCAAGGCAAUCACUCAUAAUUAGAGGCCUUUUCCCAAUGCUCGCAGAUCCAAGACAUCCUGCUGAGUCCACAAAUGCAACAAAUGAAACAAUACUGAAGAUUGCUUUAGAUCAUGGAAAGGCCUCUGGUGUGAUAAAAUCACAUGAUCGUGUAGUUGUGUGCCAAAAAGUCGCUGAUUCCUCUGUUGUGAAGAUCAUUGAGCUUGCAGACUAGUUUAUGCUUUUACUGCCUGAAUUGUCUUUGCUUCUUUUUUCUCCCAAGGUUUUCAGAUUUGUAUGCCAAACUCUAUUGGCCCUCGAUGCUCCUUUAAAUAAAUAAGUAAACAUCUUAUGCAUCCGAACUGUUUGAUGGUUCUAGCAUUUGAUAUUCGUCUAGCAUUGCUAGAUAAAGUAGGCUUGGCAUUUGCGUAAGCCUUGUACUAAGACAAGCUUUUAAUCUUAUGGUAGAAUCUAUAUGUAAUGUACCUAAAAGAUGCCCUUAUCUACAUGCCUAUUUUUCA